GUGUCUGUUCCGUCCCUUUACGCAGAGAGCAUUACGCAUCAGUGGACGACUCGCGCGCGACUGCGGACGUUUCCGUCCUGAAAGUAUUCAAGGGACCCCGUAGCAUUGCAUUGGACCUACAGGGCAUCCCGCGUUGUCUGGACACACUCUUUUUUUUAUUUCAACCCUUGGAUCUAUAGCAGCCGAGAAGCGCGCGCCUGUGCUUUACGAUGCAAGUCGGACGCAAAUCGUGUUGGAGGCAAUUGCAGGCUUCUUUUUUCAGACUGCUGUGUCUCAUCCCCACAGGAUUCCCCGUCCGGAGUGUGGACAUGCAGCGGCCCAGCGACAACAUCACCAUCCGCCAGGGCGACACGGCGGUCAUACGGUGUUACGUGGACGACAAAGUGUCAAAGGCGGCCUGGCUCAACCGGUCCAACAUCAUCUUUGCCGGCCAGGACAAGUGGUCCCUGGACCCCAGGGUAGACCUGGUCACCAAGGGACAGCUGGAGUACAGCCUGCGCAUUCAGAAGGUGGAUGUGUUUGACGAGGGUCCGUACAUCUGUUCCAUACAGACCAAGCAGCAGUCCAAGACCUCACAGGUCUACCUCAUUGUACAAGUUCCGGCCAACAUCUACAAGGUGACAGAAGACCUCACAGUGAACGAGGGCGCCAACGUGACACUGAGCUGUCUGGCCAGCGGCAGGCCGGACCCCGCGAUCAACUGGCGGCUGCUCAACCCCUCAGCCGAGCCGCUGGAUGGGGAGGAGUACCUGGACAUUACAGGCAUCAUGCGAAACCAAGCCGGCCGUUACGAAUGCAAGGCCAGCAACGACGUCGCCACGCCUGACGUGAAAUAUGUCAACGUGGUGGUCAACUACCCUCCAACCAUAAAGAAAACCCAGAGCUCAGAGACCCCCGUGGGCCGCAUGGGGACGCUGCAGUGCGACGCCACCGCCGUGCCCACCCCGGAGUUCGAGUGGUACCGGGACGAGAAAAGGUUGUCCAAUGCCCAAGGCGUCAAUAUCCAGAUCAUCGGCACCAAUACCAUUCUCAUGGUGGCCAAUGUCACUGAAGAGGAUUAUGGGAACUACACCUGUGUGGCCUCCAACCGACUGGGCGUCCAGAAUGCCAGUGUUUUCCUCUACAGACCCGGGACGGGCCGAGACAUCAACGGCUCCGCCCCUGUGUCUCAAUCACUGUGGCUCCUGCUGGCCUGCUUCGCCUGCCUUUUCUUCAAGUGUUAAUACCGCUGCCCUCCUCUUCCUCCCACCCCCCCUCUCCUUCCCCUCCCGGCCUUCUUUCCUCCUCUUCCUCCUUUGUCUCCAACUCACCGACAUUCUUACUGCUACCUAGUUACCUACUUUUACCCCCCCCCCUCCCCCACCUCCCCUCUCGCCCCAGACGGUUUGCAUCAUGAUACGGAAACCACACAUGCUCGCGAGCACCGCUUACAGAUAUUACAGAAAAUGUGCAUUAAAUGUUAGAAAGAGAACAAAAGGGACAGAAGAAGCAGAGAGUGCUCUGGUAUUGCAUUGUUCUUCAUUUGUAUGCACUUGUUUAUUUCUGCUAUAUCUUGUCUUCUGAGUCUGCAUCGUUGUUUGACAUUCGUCAUAUUUUUCUCUUGAUGGGAGCAGAGGCUCCCGCUCGCAGGGAUGCCAACAAUCAUAAGUGUGUUUCUUCGUCCUCACACAGAUGCAUUAUGUUAACUUAAUUGUAGAUUUGUCAGAGUGUUUAACCAGUGCAUUAAUGAAUAACAUGCAAAGCAUCUGCCAAAUAUCCAGAAACUAUAAAGAUUUUAAACUAACGCAUACAGAAAUAAAAGGAAAUAGAGUAGAAAUAAACGGGAAAAUACUGUAAUGUGAUUCUGCUAGACUGGAACUCGGACAAAGCGAUAUCCCUCUGGUCAAUAAAGUAGUCCCUGCAUGCAGCAGCCACUCGGGUCGCUGCUGUCGGGCCCAGAUAUCGAGGACGCGCCGAGCCGAGGAAACGAGCACAUCUUUGGGGGACACGUGUCCAGCGGCUUCGCAACCACUCGCCUUUGUUCCAAACAAAUCCCGCUUUCCUUUGAAAAGACAAGUCGCGUGCUGCCACUGCAAACGGGACACAGAGACGCGUUGUAGAUUUUGCUUGUCGGAUCCCCGACCGCAGCGUGCAGUUUGUCUCGUCCCCGUCCAGCCGCAGACGCUCGCCGCCGCUCCGCGUUUAUUAGUUUCUUUACGUUUUAGGAUCAUUAUUCUAUACUGCUGGAAUUUGGAUAUAAAUGUAUGACACCAAUGAAUGAAGUGUGUGUGUUUUAAUAUGAAAUGUUGCAGACAAAGUCAUAAUAUAUUGAUAUUGAGGUUGAUUUAUUUUCUGUCUUUACCUCUUUCAUUUGAUGUGUCCAUGUUUAGGGUAGCAAACUGUUGGGGGUGAUUAACGUGUAGAUCUCCUGAACACAAGCUCGCUAGAAAAGGAUGUUUUUUUUUUAAAAAGCAUAAAAAGAAAAUAGUUUUGUGCGGUUCUUAUUGUAACAAUCGUUGAGAUAAUACAAGUGCUGGCUUACAUGAUGUUUUAGAGAAUGGAAUAUUAUAUUUAGGAGUUUAAUGCGCGAGACGCAGGUAAAUAAAGCUGAAAGCCACCAAGAGCUGAUCUUUACCGAAGCGAUGCCGUCAUAUAACAUCUUCUACAGCUAAACGAAUGCUACAUUUGUGGAUAUUUUGUAAAAGAAGAAGAACUUUCGGACGGAGCGACUCCUUCGGCAGAGAGAAGGCGGUCGCUGACGUGGCCGGCGACCCGGUUAGCUGCCUUUCCGCCACGUUGACCUGCUGACAGGUGACCGGCCGCGUACCGACUCCAGCGCUCGUCUCCUUGGGUCUCCUAGCAACCGAGCCGAGGCGGCGCGUUCACUGUAAAACACACGUGUAAUUAAUGUCAUCCUGGUGUUCCAUUAAAGGAGUUCUCCCAGCUGUUUUCAUGGUGAAUGCUUGUGAGGCCACAGCCUGUAGUUGUUGUGCAGAGGCCUCAAACAGGCCGAUUCCAAUCAAAGCAGAAUCAUCUGAGCAGUUCAAACUGAAUCGGUGACUUUCACACAAACAGCGUCUUAUGAUCAAACGUCUCGGUCUGGGAAGCGAUAAAGAAGGCGCUUGAUGCUGUCAUCAUCUUACACAGGCUUUUUUUUAUUGGUUUUCUACGACCGAACAACUCUGCUUCGUCCACUUUAACGUGGAUUUACUUGACUGAUGUUUUUCUACUACAUUAGUGUUUCCGCCGACGCUUUUUAGCCUCCGGGUAGCUCGUCCGCUCGGAGCCUUUCGCCGACCGUUAUCCGCCGACUGUAGAAAGAAAUGAAUAGUUCUCCAUGAUCCGUUUGCAUGCAGUGUGGUCUGUGCUACAGGUUCUAUUUCAAGUCGGUCUGUGUGUCUCACUCGCUGUGUGUGUCGCAUUGAAAGAGGAAAAAAAACACAAAAAAAAAAACUCAGGCCAGUGCAAAGUUCUGAGACAAACUAAAAGUUUCUUUUGCCGGAGGAGACCCUGACAGAACACCAGAGCAGGGCCCAACACCUCCCAAUUGCGCUCAGCGUUGAUUGUUUGAGCUUUUCUACCGUUCAGGUGAUUCCCACGCGAGGCCGACGUGGACGUCCAGGUGUGUCCACGCGGGUUAAACGCAGCCAGGGAGCUCUGACUGACACCAAGUUACACUCGCGUAAAAGCCAUGGAGCUCCGUCUCAUCCACAGGAACAGGAACAAGAAAUACUGCCCCCCCUCCUCCCCGCCCCUCAGUAUAUACUGAGGACUGUAGAAACAGCUUCUAGUUUACUAUUGAGCUUCGCCUCAAAACAUCUGCAUCGCUUCACUGUACAGAACUGGCUUGUGUGUGCGUGUGUGUGCGUUCACUGAUUCUUCAUUAUUAUCGGCCUUGAGAAACGUGAUGAGUUGGAGAAAUAACUUUCUGCUUUCUAUUGAGCUGCGGUUACAAUAGUAACGGACUUUGGACUGUUUUUCUUUUGCCCCGCAGUGUGUGUGUGUGUGUGUGUGUGUGUGUGUGUGUGUGUGUGUGUGUGCGUACAGCCUGAUGUUUCUACACUAGAACGAUGUAAAGUUGGCAAAUCCAUAAGAUGGUGUUUAUACUUAACUUUUAAAGCAAAUGUGACUCCCUUCUCUUUGUGGGAGAUGGAGAUUAUUAUACAGCCAUGUCCCGUCCCACCGUUUGAUUUACUUACUUUAUUAAAAGGUCAUCGCGGUCCGUUUCUAAACAAAAAGAUAUGUAAUAAAGGAAUAUGACAAAAUGUUCACAACACAAAAUAAAAUUGUUUGAAUUCAGUGUUCUGUAUUUGAAUGUGAAUGAAAUGCCCAAAAGGAAUUACGUUUUUUGGGGACAGCUUGGAACGCACUAAAUCUUAAAGAGACAAUUGUGUUCAUCAUGUAACAUGCAAAUAAAAUGUUAUAUAUGUGUUGUUGUAUUUUCCGUACCUGAGCUCAUGACCAAGGGGACGUUGCAUAUAUUAAAGAGCUGACACACAUUGA